UUAUUCUUUUUUCACAGGUGGUUUACUCAUUUCUAUGUUGUUGGAAGUUGUUUGUCCUGUUUGCUUCUCUUGAUGUUAGUUCUUCACUGUUUCCAUGGAGGCACAUCAGUUCCCAAGGCAAUGUCUCACAUACUAAGCCUUCACUUUACUCCUCAUAUUGACUGCUUCACUGCCUUUGUAUCUCUUUUUCUUCUACUGGUACAGACAUGUCGCAGAUUAUAUGAGUGUUGUUUUAUCAGUGUAUUCUCCAGUAGGAUUCAUAUAUUACAGUACUUUGUGGGUAUAGCAUUUUACAUUCUGGAUGCUGCUGCAGUUGCCGUCCCAUUUCUCAAGGCAGAACAAAUCGACAAAGGUGAAUCUUCUUGUCAACUUUAUAUAAGAAGGGAGAAAAAAAUGCUACUAUUGUAGUACACCUAUCAAUGUAAAACUGGGGGAGGCAGGGCAUGGGGUACUAAAGGAAAAUUUAAAGUAGUUUUUUCAAUACUGUACGUGAUAUCUACAUUCCGGUUGUUUAUUAAUGAGAACAGUAUGGUGAAUGCGACAUACGGUGUAUUUUGUCAUUGCAGCCCUCAAGUCAUGAAAUUUGAGCCAGUCCUUGAAAUACGGCCAAAUUUUUAUGGCCAAUAUUAUUAUUAGUGACCGUAUUAACAGGGUUCCACUGUAUCUUAAAACGUUCAAUUAUUGAUCCCAUCAGUGCACCUUAUGUGAAGAAACAUUCAAAUACCCCCUCACUGCUUAAUGACAGCCAUUUAAAGCUAGAAUUAACAACUUGUUGAGAAUUUUGAUUAUGUCCACUGAUUAUUUACAACCCAAUUUUUUUAGUGACUUAAUUUGAUAAUUUCAGAGGAUAAAACUAUUGCCAAGUAAAUUGAUUUUACACUGUCACUUCAAGAGAUUCAUCUUGCAACAUAAUCAACUGAUAGAACAAAAGUGAAAAAGAAUCCAACACCAGGCCUUGAGAAAGAGCAGCCUGCUUUUGUUACUGCUUGAUUAUCUUAUCAUUCAGCUAUAUUUAACUGUAACUACUGCAUGAUAACCUGACAUUGUUUGCUUGCUCAUAACUUUAUUUUUUCAAAACAGGUUGGUGCAAUUCUUGUAGACGUCCCUUCAAAGACUUUUCCUGGUACCAGUGGCUUGCCGUAGCUAUGUUUUUAUGGGCAAGUUUGCAUCAGUGGAGGUGUCAUAACAUCCUAGCAAAGUUACGGCACUCACCAAGCAUGGAGGCAAGGAAAGUCUACAGAAUACCUUAUGGAGACUGGUUUGAGUUUGUUUCCAGCCCUCACUACCUUGCAGAAAUCAUGAUUUACAUAUCAUUGUUUCUACUACAGAAAGCAAAGAAUAUUUACAUUGGCUUAAUCUUGCUUCUAACAGUUGAGAACCUCUCUCUUGGAGCAACAGUGACACAUGACUGGUACAAAAAGAAGUUUAAGGAAUAUCCUCAAUCUCGAUACAGGAUUGUUCCAUUAUUGUACUAG